AUGUCCUUUUCCAAAGUGCAUACCUUCACAGGGCACACCGAUAAAUGCUGGUCGAUAGACAUCGACCGAACUCGCUCCCUGCUGGCGACUGUGUCUUCAGAUAAAACAUGUCGUAUUUACAACUUGAAUACCAAACGACUAGUUGGUGUGCUGGACGAUAACACACAUACAAAAACCAUGAGAAGCGUGAAAUUCAGGCCAACAGGACCCCUUCCAUCAUUGGCAAUUGGAUCUUUUGACUCGACAAUCUCGAUCUGGAGCAAGGAGGACGAAGACUGGGUCUUGAUGGCAAUAAUUGAAGGCCACGAAAACGAAGUGAAGAGCGUUGAUUGGUCGCACGAUGGACUCUACCUGGCCUCAUGUUCCAGGGAUAAAUCGAUAUGGAUAUGGGAAGCGGACGAUAGUAAUGAAGAGUUUGAGUGUAUUAGCGUCAUUCAAGAGCAUGAACAAGACGUCAAGAACGUUUCGUGGCAUCCGACCAAAAAUAUUCUGUGCUCCAGCUCGUACGACGAUACUUGUCGUAUUUUCAAGCAAGACGACUACGACGAGGACGAAUGGGUUUGUGUGGCUAAUUGCCAAGGUGCUAAUGGAACAGUGUGGUGUUCCGAUUGGGAGAAAAGGGAUACGUUCAGAUUUGCCAAUUGCAGCGACGAUUCAUUACUAAGAAUAUGGAAAAAGACCAGUUCGGACCAGGAGGGCACCGCCAACGGCAAACUACCCUCCACUCUCAAGUCCGAGGAGGAGUGGGCCUUAGAGGCCACUCUACCAAAGAUCCACACAAUGCCUGUGUACGGGAUUGCAUGGAAUACGAAUGGGUUGCUUGCCAGUUGUGGAUCGGACGGCCGAAUAGUCGUUUAUUCGGAGGAGGAAGGCGAAUGGAAGGUUCUUGCUGUUCAGGAGCUUGGACAUGGCGUGUUUGAGAUCAACUGUGUAAAGUGGUGGAACGAAAACACGCUCCUGACCGCUGGCGACGAUGGAGCGGUCAACAUGUGGACGCUGAGCAUAUAAUUGUCUAUGCCACAACGAUAAGCACUAGGAACAGGAAUACCACACUCACAAUUACCAAGAGCCAGAAGCAAAGUCUCCGCUUGUUCCUUUGGUAGCGGUCUGCCUUAUGAAGGUGUUUCGACGCGCGCUGGGUAUCAUGUAAUGUACUGUAUAGAUUGGACUCGAUGUUAUCUAUCAACCCCCCCUGUUCGACCACUAUAUUCGACAGAUCGUGGAAUAUUUGAUUGAGCUCUUCUAUUCCCUGCGAAAUAUUUUCGAUGUCUCGUUCUCUUUCCUCGAUAAGAGCCCGUUGAUACUCAACUUCCUCUGCGUUCAAAGGUUCGUACUCAAUGACAACCUGCUGCUGCUGCGAUUCCCGUGACGAUGGCUCUGACCCGCCCUCUGUUUCGUGAGAGAUGAGACUGGCGCUUUUCUCAUUCAUCUUUUUUUCCAGAGAGGUGUAGAGUGAUUGCAGAUCGUUGAAAUCUUGUAAAGCCCGCUUCAAACUUGUGUUCAGUUUAUCUUUCACAAAAGUUUGCGAUUUAUUGAGCAAUGAAGUAUCUAAUUGGUUCAAUCUUCGCGUGUCAUCCGAAACACUCUUGAACAGCUCAAAAAGCCUAGAUAUAAGCUUGGAUGAAUUUUGAUGGUACUUUUGCGCAUUCUGAUCAUUAUCGAUUGCAUCCUGGAGAAAGUUGAGGUUUUUAUUCAGAUUGCUUAGACCAUUGUUGACAUCGAGAAGAGUGUUACUAAUCUGGCGGUUGAUAUCGUCAAAUUCGGGUACAUCUUGAUACAAUGGCUGUUCCUCUAAAGUGAUAGCGUCAAACGAGCUCAU